AUGGAGAACCCUCGCCGAAACCCAAGGCACGAGUCGCCCCCGUCGCCGACAAGUGCCGAAGCCCUGCUCGCCUCGGUGGCGAGCCUGCCCGACAGCAGCACGGAGGAGUUCACCCGCUGGAUGCUCUCGGCAGUACUUCACGUGGCGGAGGGGCUAGAGGCGAGGGUGGUGCGAGAGUUGCUGUCCGAGCGCGCGCAGGAGGCCCACGCUGCGCGCCAAGAGGCGGAGGAUUUCCUGCUGGGUACGGUGGACCUCAUGCUCAACUCGCCAGACGCCUUCGAGACGGCUCUGGCGUCCCACGAGCUAAGUGAAUCCCCCAUAGGCAAGCGUCCGAGUGAUGUAGAAGCCCCACCCAUGACUGUAGCCGGCGUUGCCACGUCUGUUUACAGAGAGGGGUGGGAACAGGCCAUGGGGGAAGAGUUUCAAGGGCACUUGGGCACGGGGACGUUUUCAUUCGUAGACGAUGCUGGGACUCUUAGAAUCUCCCAAACCGCGUAUAUCGACAGCAUGGUUGAACGCUUCGAUGUGAAAUCAACUUCCCGCAUCCCCGCUACCCCUGGUGCCGAUCUAGGGCCGAAGCGAGAGGAUGAGGAAGGAGGGGAGUGGCCGGUGAGGGAGGCCAUCGGCAGCAUGAUGUGGGUGUCGACUUUCUCGCGUCCAGACGUCUCGUUCGCCGUGCGUGCGGUAGCGCGCCACGCCCACGCCCCGGCGAAGCGGCACUGGGAUGCCAUACAGAAGAUCCUCGGCUACCUGAAAGGGACGAGGGACCUCGGCAUCACCUACCAACGGGGAUUGGGGUUAGGGCUGGCCGUGUACGUAGACGCUAGCUACGCCGACACGGAGGAUAGGCGUUCGGUGUCAGGGUUGGCGACGACGGUUGGAGGUGCCGUAGUCAGCCAUGGUAGCAAGACGCAGAGCAUCGUGUCUUUGCCUUCGACGGAAGCCGAGUACAUUGCUGCCGGGGAGGGCGUCAAGAAGGCGUUGUUUGUGCGUGCUGUGCUUUCGUUUGUUGCCCUAGAGACCAGUGGUAGCAGCAUCCAGGUCCUUGAGGACAACCAGGGGGCCAUAGCGUUGGUGCAGAACCCUCUCAACUCAGGUCGCACGAAACACACAUCGACGUGCGGUUUCAUUUCAUCCGCGGAUUGUUUAGGCCGAGGGAUAUUUCGGUCAACUUUGUCCCGACAACGGAUCAACACGCGGACCUCCUCACCAAGGCCCUUAGCAGGGCCGGUCUGCAGUAUCACCGGCGCAAGCUGA